GGAGUAUAUAAAUUCAGAGGACUGCCCGCAAGAAGUGAGUGUUCGUUAUUGAUUUCAUUAUCAUUAGCAGGAGCAAACAUGAAUGGCUUUAACUUUCUUUCUGCGCCACUGAUGAUGGUGGUGCUGGUGGCGGCGGCCGCUUUAAUGUUUUCAACCUCACCUGUACUGUCUCUGCAUCAUCAGCCAAGCAGCAAGAAGGCGGCGGCGCCCAAACCAGACCCCCCUUCAAUUGCUCCAUCCCUCUCUCCAUUCGCUACCGGAAUCUCGCCGGAUAUUGCGCCGCUUCUGCCUUUGCCUUCCUCCGCCGAAUCUUCUAUGCCGACGACGAUCCCUUCCAGUCCCACCACGAAUCCCGACGAAGAUGCGCAAAUACCCGUCGUCCCUCAUUCUGUUGAUGAUCCGUCUGAAUCUUCUCCUUCUUCAAGUUUUGGGACGGUUCUGGCUUUGGCUCUCUUUUCUUUAUCGUUGUAUAAUCUGCAGUGAUUUCUUGAAGUCAAGAACCUUGGCGGGCAGUCAAAUCAUUCCCGGAUAUAUGAUAUGAUGAUUCAUUAUUUUUUAUGAGUGCAUAGAAAUUUAUACUCAUGCAAUUAAGUUCAUGGUUUAAAUUAUGUGGUUAAUUAGCAUUCCUAUGUUUUUGAUCGAUGUUUCAUCUCCAUUGACCUGUAUUAUUUUGGCAAUUUGGCUUGAGAUCAAUCUUAAAGAAGUGAAGAGUUCUCUGAUUUUUAUUCGUAGCUUUAAUUUGCGAUCUUCUUCUUGUUUUCCUUUUCCUAAAUUAU